UGUCUUGUUUUCCUGUUUCGCAUCUUUCUCUCUCUUCGAUCUGAAAACUGAAUCACCGACCGAAUUGAUCGGAACCCUAAGUCCGCCACAAUGCACAGCCGGCGCCAGAUCAUAGUUAAAUCUCCCUACUCUCAACAAACCGUCGCACUGCAAUUAGAUCCUUCGCAAUCCGUAUUAACUCUCUCAGGUCUCACUUCCUUACUCGAAUCAUGGCAACGUCAAUCGCUAUCUGAUUUCUCCAUCGCUCUAAAUGAGAGGCCUUUGAACGCCUCUACACGGAUCCAAGUAUCUAACCUCCCUUCCGUCUCCAUGCUCGCUCUUUACCCUCGCCUCGUUGGAGGUGGAGGAGAUGGCGGUGCGACGGAAGCAGAGUCUCGCGAUUGCUACCUCAACAUGUACGCGGAGAAGAAACCCGACAAGGUUGAUCCUAACGAGCAGAGGCUCUCCAAGUGGCUUAACUGCGCCUUGUCUAACGAGCCUCUGGCUGAGCCUUGCGUGAUUGAUCUCCUCGGGAAUCUCUUCAACAAAGAAGCUUUGGUGAACGCUCUGUUGUUGAAGAGGUUGCCUAAGCAGUUCUCUUACAUUAAGGGUUUGAAAGACAUGGUGAAUAUCAAGCUCGCGGAGGUGGCUGGUUUCGAUGGAGACACGACCAGUGCUAAGUUUCAGUGUCCGGUCUCAGGGCUUGGAUUCAACGGAAAGUACAAGUUUUUCGCUCUGAGGGGGUGUGGGCAUGUGAUGAGUGCGAAGGCGUUGAAGGAAGUGAAGUCUCGUUCGUGUUUGGUGUGUCACGCGGAUGUUAAAGAUUCUGAUAAGAUUGUGAUAAACGGUACGGAGGAGGAGGUGGGUUUGUUGAGGGAGAGGAUGGAGGAGGAGAAGGCUAAUCUGAGAGAGAAGAAGGGCGCUUCAAAGAAGAGCAAGAACGGUGUUGCUGUGGUGGUUGAUGCAGGUGUGAAGGUGGGAAAGAGACAGAUGGAUGAUGGGAAUGUGAGUGGCAAUGGCGUUACCGUGAAGAAAUUCAAGGCAGGGGAUGCAGUGCCGGUUAAUGCUACCAAGGAAGUCUAUGCUUCUCUGUUUACUUCGUCCAAGAAGAAGUCUGAUUUUAGGGAGACUUACUCUUGCAGGUCACUUCCUCUCGGCAGGAACUGAUUUGUUUGGACAGAACCAUGUUCUUGUUACCUUGUUUGCUUUGUGAUCUGCUCUUAUUAUAUUGAUAUGUCUAUUGGCUUUUGUAA